ACUUCACUUCCUGGCAAGAACCUGAGAAGGAGCCGUCCGAGAAGAGGAAGGUGUCACCCACUGAUGGCUGGAUUUUAACAAAGGAAAAACGAACGUUGCCUGACACCUGCUGUCGUUUGAAUGUGUGGCGGGCCAGUAAACUGUUAGCUGCGGGCCGCACUUUGGACACCCCUGCUCUUCACAAGGCUGCAUACACCGUUUCAAUUUGCUGUGAAACUGUUGCAGAGGGAGAUGUUCACCGCCUCUUGACAGUGAUAUUGGGAGCAACAAGCGAGCACCACAGAGAGCUGACCCGCCAUGGCUGCCAGGCACCAGAAACAAGCAGACACCUUAGACGGUGCCAUGGAGUCCAAAAAGACAGACCUACGAGCCAAGGAAAAAAAGUGCUCUUGGGCCUCCUACAUGACCAAUUCGCCAACUGUGAUUGUGAUGAUUGGGUUGCCUGCUCGAGGGAAAACCUACAUGUCCAAGAAGCUGACACGCUACCUCAACUGGAUUGGUGUACCGACUAAAGUGUUCAACCUCGGAGUUUAUAGGAGAGAAGCUGUGAAGUCGUACAAGUCGUAUGACUUUUUCAGACAUGACAACGAAGAAGCCAUGGAAAUUAGAAAACAGUGCGCUUUAGUGGCACUUCAGGAUGUUAAGGCCUAUCUGAGCGAGGAAGGAGGGCAGAUUGCUGUUUUUGAUGCAACCAACACCACUAGAGAAAGGCGGGAGCUUAUCCUGAAUUUUGCAAAGAAUCAGGCAUACAAGGUGUUCUUUGUCGAAUCAAUAUGUGAUGAUCCAGAUGUUAUUGCUGCAAACAUCCUGGACGUAAAGGUGUCCAGUCCAGACUACCCAGAGAGAGACAGGGAAAGUGUCAUGGAAGAUUUUCUCAAGAGAAUAGAGUGUUAUAAAGUAACUUAUCAACCUUUGGAUCCAGAUGAACAUGACAAGAAUUUGUCAUUCAUUCAAGUUAUCAACGUUGGCCGCCGUUUUCUGGUCAACAGGGUUCAGGAUUAUAUUCAGAGUAAAAUUGUCUACUACCUCAUGAACAUCCACGUUCACUCUCACUCCAUCUACCUCUGUCGGCAUGGAGAGAGCCAUCACAAUCAGCAAGGACGCAUCGGCGGAGACUCUGAGCUCUCAGACCGAGGGAAAGAGUUUGCAGUUGCAUUGAGAGGUUUCGUAGAAGAACAUCGUCUGUCAGACCUUAAAGUGUGGACCAGUCAGCUGAGGCGCACCAUUCAAACUGCUGAGGAACUAAGUGUUCCCUACGAGCAGUGGAAGAUCCUCAACGAGAUUGAUGCUGGAGUGUGUGAAGAGAUGACCUACAAAAUGAUCGAAGAAACAUACCCGGAUGAGUACGCCAUGAGGUACCAGGACAAGUACCACUACCGCUAUCCUGGAGGAGAAUCCUACCAGGACCUGGUCCAGCGACUGGAGCCCGUUAUCAUGGAGCUGGAGCGACAGGGCAAUGUGCUGGUCAUUUGUCAUCAGGCUGUCAUGCGCUGCCUGCUCGCCUACUUUCUAGACAAGAGUGCAGACGAUCUUCCAUACUUGAAGUGUCCUCUCCACACUGUGCUCAAACUCACCCCUGUGGCUUAUGGUUGUAAAGUGGAUAUGUUUGACCUGAAGGUGGAGGCUGUCAACACUCACAGAGACAGACCAUUAAUUAAAGUGCAAGGAGACGCUCCGCCAGCUUUCUACCGCAGGAACAGCUUCACGCCGCUGUCUAGCCAUGACCAGAUCAAGCGGCCUCGCCUUUACAGCAUGGGCAACCCUCCGCAGCCUCGAAUGUCCCACGCUCCCGCUUUAUCAAGCAUGCAAUUUUUGGAGGCAUCUGAGGGCGUGGAGCAGCAAGAAAGAGAGGACUCAUUGAAUGGCAUUAAUGCUACGGACAAGGACAACUGUACAGGCAUUUAAAGAAAAGGUGCUUCCACUUAGUUUUGAAGUACCAGUAGAAAGGAAAAAACAAGUUGCCUCUGUAUAUCAGAUUUAUCACACCAAAAGACUUUAAGUUUGCAAGUAAAUAUAUAUGUUUAAAAUAGUAUCAAUCCCACUGAGAUUUGAGAGCCAUUUUGUGAGAUAAUAAAUAAUGCAAGUCACGUGAUCUGUGACGUAGGGGUAGGAACCACAUUCCUGCCCCACCAACAACAAUGCAAAUAAUGCAGACUUUGUGAGAGCCUACAACGAUUACUUUGUGAAAAAAUAUGAUCAGAACCAUAUAAUUUUUAGCCUGAAUAUAAGAAGGAUGAGCUACAAGUUUUACAAGUUGUGAUCUAAACAUAUCAAGCUUUAGUGAAACACUAAACAUCAUGUAGCCGUAUUGCUUAGUGCUUCACAAGAAAUACAGAUUAUGAACAUAGUAAAACUAUCACCUUCUGUACAUUGUCUGCUGUCACUGCAAUGAUGACUGAUAGUAUCUCCGUAUUGUCCCGUUUCGAUGAAGGAUUAUAAUUAAUCUUGAUCCACACGAACGGUUCCUGCCUGCAGACGCUAUCUGCAGGCAGACGCUAUCUUCAGUUGUUGGGUCAUUGUCUCCUUCUCCGGGUAUGAAUUGAAUUUCACAGUUGAACAAUUUCUAGAUUUAUAGCUAAAUUCCCGUAUUAUCCAUAUGAGAGGCAUGAUUUAUAAUCUCAAACAACUUUGACGAGCCGAGAGGUGAUGCAGCAGCAACAGUAGCAGGACACCUGCCAGCUCAAUGCUGCAGCUUAAGCUAAUAGUUAGCUCUCUGUUAUCAAUGCUCCGAUAAAAAAAAGUUUGUCUUUGUUAGCGCUUAUAAUAACGAUAUUGCUAAUAUAUAUAUAUUUUUUUUAUCUAGCCUUUAUUUAACCAGGUAAAAUCCCAUUGAGAUCAAAGAUCUCUUUUCCAAGGGACACCUGGCCAAGAAGGCAGCCGCAAGGUUACAAUAAAAACAGUAAAUAACACAAAACAUCACAUUUACAACAUUAAAACUUGCUCAAAUGACACAUGUGCAUACAGACAAGGUAGACUGCAAUCCUUUCACAGAAGCUUUAAACUCAUUCAAUGUAAGAAGGGUUUGAAGUUGAAUAUUCGAUUGUAGGUUAUUUCAAGCCUUCGGUGCUGAAAACCUAUAUUAACCUGAAUAGUUAGUAAAUAUUCAGGUUACGUUGGCGGGUAUUAUUAGGAGGGAUUUGUGGGCGGAAUAGAGAGCCACCAUUGACUCAGUUGUUAGAGGAGUUUUUAUUUAUUUAUUUAUUUAUGACUUAGAUUGCAUGAAGACAAGAAAAAAGGUGUUCAUGUUUUACAUAGGGAUUGUGAAUGAUAGACCUCACAUCUAUUUCUAACUUUGGCAUAUUUCCAAUGCGGAUAUGGUCAGAGUGCGGAAGUGUUCCCAUCGUGACGUCGUCCAACCCCGAAUCGACGGAAAUGGCAGAAAACAUUCGGAGCGGAAUAUUCAAAAUGCCCGUCUGAAAUUGUGUUAUUUUGUGAUGUUUAGACAGUACUUUCACAUACGUAUCGGAUUGAAAAUACAAUUGGAUAUGGUUGAAUUGAUAAAACGAUAAGAUAAAGUCAGCUUGUUUUCCCAUUUUACUGGUACUUUAAGGGACACCGAUGCCCCAGCUUUUCUUCAUGUAUGCCCUUUUUCCUGCAAGGAUUCUGCAUUUAAAACCUCCUUCGCACUCUAUAAGUCGAUCUUAAUAAUGUUCCAUGUGGUGAGUCCAUAUCGCUGUACAAAUCUGUCACAAAAAAGGCUCAAUCCAUUAAUUGUUUUUAACUUAUACUGUUAAUUGUAUUGCUUCAGUAACACAUUGAGCGUGUCAAUGUGUAGUUGUACACAUGUUGAAAUCAGAAUCAGCUUUAUUGGCCAACUUUUACUCUGUAGGCUGCUCUCUUUGUUCACUGUUAAAAAAAUAUGUUAAUUAAAAAAAAUAACCAAAACUAUAAACAAUUAUUUAAAUAACUAAUAUUUGCAACACUAAUACAUAAUAUUGCACAGUGAUGAAUAGAGCAAAGAGCAAAAAGAUGGUAACUCCAACAUGAGUUAGUACAUUCACAGUGACGGAAUAAUUCCAGAAUUAUUUUAGAUUGAUAGCCUGGGGAUAAAAACUGUUCUUACGACGGAUUGUUUUGGCGUACUGUGAUGUAUAACCCCUGCUAGAGUGAAGGAGUUUGAAUAGUUUGUGACCAAGGUGUGUGGGGUCUGCAGAGAUGCUACCUGCCCAUUUCCUGACCCCGGACUGGUACAGUAUAAGUCAUGAAAGGAUGAAGGUUGACAACGAUAUUUUUUUUCUGCAGUCCUAAUUGUCCGUUGCAGUCUGUAUCUGUACAUUUUGGUUGCAGAUCCAAACCACAUAGUGAUGGAGGUGCACAGGACAGACUGAAUGAUAAAUAAAAUAGAAAGUACUUUAUUGAUCCUUGGGGGAAAUUCAGCACCACAGUUCGCUCACAAUAGACAAUAAUAAUAAUAAUAUAUUAUAUAUAUAAUAUAUUAACAGUAUAAGUAUAUUAUACAUAUAUUCUACAUUUAAGUGCAGUCAAGGAACAUAUACAUUAUACAGUCUGAUGGCUGUCGGUAUGAAGGACUUCCUGUGUCGUUCCGUGUUGCAUUUAGGGAGUCUGAGCCUUCCACUGAACGUGCUCAUUCUCUCCGCAAGGUCCGAGUGUAGUGGGUGGGAGGUGUUGUCCAUAAUGGCUAGGAGUCUCGCUAGACUUCUCCUCUCUGACACCACCGCCAGAGAGUCGAGCUCCACUCCCACUGGCCUUCUCUAAAAAACUUGUCCAGUCUGUUUUGUCCCCCUAGGUGUAGAACUUGAUCAGCUGCUCCUAUGGCAGGUUGAACUCCUUGAGCUGAUGCAGGAAGUACAUCCUCUGUUGUGCCUUCUUUCUGAUUGUGACAAAAUCAGGUUCUGCUGUGCUGUUCAGAGUAGUUCAGAGUUCUCCUUAAGUCCACUGUCAUCUCCACAGUCUUGGGCAAGUUCAGCUCCAGAUGGUCCUGAAUGCACCAGAGAGCCAGCUGUUCCACUUCCAGUUUGUAGGCAGACUUGUCGCCGUCCUGUAUGAGACCGAUGACAGUGGUGGUGUCUGCAAAUUUCAAGAGUUUCACAGAAGGAUCCCUGUGGUGCAGUCAUUAAUGUGGAAACUGUUAAGGGAGAAGAGCAAUACGGAGAGAACGUACUCCUGGGGCGCGCCAGUCCUGAUUGUCCAGGUGCUGGAUGUGAUGCUCCCGAGCCUUACCUGCUGAGUACUGCCAGUCAGGAAGUUUUCCACUGUCAUGUGGAGGCUGGCACUGUGAGCAGUAUAUUCAGGAUGAUAGUGCUAAAUACAGAGCUGAAGUCCACGAACAGGAUCCUAGCAUUGGUCCCUGGGGAGUCAUGGUGAUGCAGUAUGUGGUUCAGUCACAUAUUGACUGCAUCCUCCACCCACCUGUUUGCCACAUCAGCAAACUGCAGGAGAUCCAGCAGGGAGCCACUGAUGUCCUUCAGGUUGCACAGGUUACCAUGUCCAGAUUAUGUCUCUUUCCUUUGUUUGUCUCUCAUCUUAUACCACAUUCUUUCUAGUGGUGGGCAGGCUCAAGAGGAAAGCUGUAGAUUUGCACAUUGAUUUACUGUAGCUGUUCACAUGUGUUUUGGCUUAAUCCUGACUUGUAGUCUUCAUUAAUGAAAAAAAAAACAAAUGUUGAAUGUCAAGAAAUACUUUAGGGGAAACUUGUAAAAGUGGAUCCUGUGUUCGUAAACCCUCAGAGAGCUUUAAGCCUUACAAUGUAACACAACUUUGCAUCACAUAGUCAUCUGUUCCAUGCAAGAAAUAGGUUUUGCCUUCAACUGUGACAGAUUGAUUUUGUUUUCACUUUUACAAAGUCUGAUUGAAACUGAUUGUCCUAAAGCAAGAAUUGUAUUGUUUUUUUAAAUGAAAUCUUAGUUUAGAGGGGUCAUAUGAUGAUUUUUUUUUUCUUCGUUUAAAACACUUCCUUGUGGUCGACAUAACAUGUAAUGUUGUUUUUUUGGUCAGAAUUUUGCAUCAGCAGUCUUAUUUAUGUGCUUCCAUUUCAACGGCGACUUGCUAUGUUGUAGGUAUUAGCGCUUCCAUAGCAAAACUAAUGACAGAUAUAAAUUUGAACUGUAUGCUACUUAUUAUAAAAUGGCAACAGCAACUACAACCCGCAAAGCACUUUGGAUAAAUUUGAUAUCCGCUGACGUCACAAUUGGAAUAAACGUCACAAAUUGGGAACAUUCCAAACAGCUUUUUGGAGGAAGUAUGAAGGAAGGCAUGAUUGUUUUAUAAAUACCCCCACCAUGCUUCAUCAGGACUUAUGCAAAUCCCAAGUACACAAAAGCAGGUACCAAUAUAUAAUACAUUUUGUUCUGCAUAACAGGGCCAAGAAUAGCUGGUGUCAAUGGUCAAAUGUUGCUUGUCUACUAAUCACGAUUAUUCAGCUGUUUUUCAAACAUCCACAUUUAAAAAGCAAUCUUACCUUAGAUGUUCUUACCUUAGGUUAUACAUAAACUUGCAUGUGGUUGUGAGAGUUUGUGCUAUCCAAAAUGCAAUAGCAAUGGUCACCAGUUGUGCCGUGUUAUGUUUUUCUUUAUAAAGACCAGACAAUCACUCUGUUUACAGAGAUGAAUAUCAUCUAGGACAGGGCUUUUGUAUAACAUGAUAUGAGAUGCAAAAUCUAAUAUAUACUGUUGAAUUUUUUUAGAUUUUGUUGGGUUCUUUUUGUGUGCCUUUUUAGUAAUAUUUAAUCGCUCUCAAAGAAUCACACAGAUUUGCAUGUUUUUGUAUUUAUCUCAGAGCACCAGUGUGAAAUAUACAUUAAUAAAUGUAAAUUAUUUAAUUCAAUUCAAACAAUAUCACAUUAAAUUGUACAUUUCCCCUUUGUCUGAUUUUUGUGGUAAUGUGUUUUAACCCAUUUAAGAAUCAUUCCACACAAAGUUACACAUUGCUUGGUUAAUUGAUUGAUUGAUUGAUGGAUUGAUACUUUUAUUAAUAGAUUGCACAGUUCAGUACAUAUUCCGUACAAUUGACCACUAAAUGAUAACGUCCGAAUACGUUUUUCAACUUGUUUAAGUCGGGGUCCACGUUAAUCAAUCCAUGGUAAAACAUUUGUUUCCACCAAGUCACCCUGGUAAGUUCUGAAUAAUGUUUGUUUUUUAACUUUACUGUCAUUGACAGCCAACUAAGUUGAGAGUGGCAAGAUGAGACAAAUACGGGAAUAUGUGUCUGAGAAUUUAAUCUGCAUCUUUUGAUGCUUCAAAUGACAGGAACAAAAUCAUUUACUCAUUAUACAGAUAGAUAAAUAGUAGAACAAUUGAACGCAUGGAAAAGAUCUAAAACAUUAGUGGGACAAAUUAUUAGCUUUAAAGGUACCAUCGGUAUGUAAAGGCCAGUUUCAUUAGAUUAAAAAACAACAUUAAAAGCAAUGUCUUCUAAAAGUUUCCAUUUAAUAACUUUGAGUAAAUUUCUCUGUAUUUUCAUUUUGUCAGUUUUGGAGGUUUCCUUUCUUCCUACAGUUUGUGUGGAUAAGAUGCAUUGAUUGAUUGAUUGAAACUUUUAUUAGUAGAUUGCACAGUUGAGUACAUAUUCCGUACAAUUGACCACUAAAUGGUCACACCCGAAUAAGUUUUUCAACUUGUUUAAGUCAGGGUCCACGUUAAUCAAUUCAUGGUAAAUCAAUUCAUUAGUUGUCCACAAUUGUUACUGUUGCGAAUUUAGGUAAAUUUUCAAUGAGUCACUCCAAUACUAGAAUACUCGAUUGUAUAAUUUUAAUAUCUUGCGUUUAUAUAAAAAGUUAAAGAAGACUGAAGUACAUUUUGGAUUUUCUUCAUGAACUGAACUUUUUUGUAAAAGAGUCAAGAAUGGGCUUCACGGUGGAAGAGGAGUUAGUGCGUCUGCCUCACAAUACGAAGGUCCUGCAGUCCUGGGUUCAAUCCCAGGCUCGGGAUCUUUCUGUGUGGAGUUUGCAUGUUCUCCCCGUGAAUGCGUGGGUUCCCUCCGGGUACUCCGGCUUCCUCCAAAGACAUGCAGCUGGGGAUAGGUUGAUUGGCAACACUACAUUGGCCCUAGUGUGGGAAAGUGAGUGUGAAUGUUGUCUGUCUAUCUGUGUUGGCCCUGCGAUGAGGUGGCGACUUGUCCAGGGUGUACCCCGCCUUCCGCCCGAUUGUUGCUGAGAUAGGCGCCAGCGACCCCCGCGACCCCAAAAGGGAAUAAGCGGUAGAAAAUGGAUGGAUGGAUGGAUGGAUGGAGUCAAGAAUGGGACAUAAAGGAGUAAAAUUAUGUUUAGUCCUUUAUUCAAAAACAAUGUGUGCUUUAAUGGCAAUAACUGUCCUAAUAAAAAUGCAAUUCAUUGUUUUUUCUUGUGAUAAUUACAACUUGCACUGUAAGGCAGGUUAACGUUCCUUUGUAACUUGUGCUUGCGUCUUCCAACACAUGAGGAACAUCUUGUGGGUUAUCUGGUGGUUUGCUGGAGCCUAUCCCAGCUGGAUUGAUUGAUUGAUUGAUACUUUUAUUAGUAGAUUGCACAGUUCAGUACAUAUUCCGUACAAUUGACCACUAAAUGGUAACACCCGAAUAAGUUUUUCAACUUCUUUAAGUAGGGGUCCACGUUAAUCAAUUCAUGGUACAAAUAAAUACUAUCAGCAUAAUACAGUCAUCACACAAGUUAAUCAUCAUAGUAUGUACAUUGAAUUAUUUACAUUAUUUACAAUCCGGGGGGUGGGAUGAGGAGCUUUGGUUGAUAUCAGUACUUCAGUCAUCAACAAUUGCAUCAACAGAGAAAUGUGGACAUUGAAACAGUGUAGGUAUUAUUUAGUAGGAUAUGUACAGCCAGCAGAGAACAUAGUGAGUUCAGAUAGCAUAAGAACAAGUAUAUACAUUAGAAAUACAUUUGAUUAUUUACAUUAGGUUGUUUAUAAUCCGGGGAGAUGGGAUGUGAAUGGAGGAGGGUAUUAGUAAAGUGCUGAAGUUGCCUGGAGGUGUUGUUUUAGAGCGGUUUUGAAGGAAUAUAGAGAUACACUUACUUUUAUACCUGUACUCGGGCGGAAGGCAGGAUUGAUACUCUGGUUACCAUGAAUUGAUUAACAAGGACCCCAACUUAAACAAAUUGAAAAACUUAUUCGGGUGUUACCAUUUAGUGGUCAUUUGUGCGGAAUAUGUACUGAACUGCGUAAUCUACUAAUAAAAUAAUCAAUCAAUCAAAAAAACCCCGGUCAAGUCACCCCUUAAUCGCAGGGCAAAACACAGACAUAAUUAUCCUCACACACACGCACACACACUAGGGAACAUUUAUUGUUUCCACCCAGCCUAUGCCCAGGUCAGUGGUUCUUAACCUGGGUUCAAUCGAACCCUUGGGGUUCGGCAUGUCGGCCUCAGGGGUUCGGUGGAGCCUCAGCCGCGGAGAUCAAGACACGCCCGACUCAUUGUGAUAAUAAAACUCUUCCCUAUCGGCGUGUUAUGGAUAUGGCAACAGCAGAAGUCACACUGAUUUGCAGGUGUGUCAUUUGUUGUGAGUUCAUGCACUGUGUUAGUCUUGUUCUUUGAACAAGCUGAUGGUCAUGCACGGUUCAUUUUGUGCACCCGUAAAAAAACAUAACUUUGUCUUGAAUUUGAAAAACAUUUUGUUUUUCACUAAAGAAGGGUUCGAUUAAUGUGCAUAUGAAACUGCUGGGGUUCGGUACCUCCAACAAGGUUAAGAACCACUGGCCCAGGUGCAUGUCAGUGGUGUAUUUAUGUGCAAGGCGUCCUCUAGUGGUCAUGUGGCCACACUGCUCAUCUGUUUUUGAUUGAAAUUAUUAUUAGUAGAUUGCACAGUUCAGUACAUAUUCCGAACAAUUGACCACUAAAUGGUAACACCCGAAUAAGUUUUUCAACUUGUUUUAAGUCGGGUUCCACGAUUCUGUUAUGCUGGAAUCGACCCAAUGGACUGCUGCAAUAUAAAGUACUAUCAUUGAGAAGGCCUACGCCAGUGUUUUUCAGGCUUUUUUGAGCCAAGGCACAUUUUCUGUGUUGAAAAAAUCUGGAGGCACACCACCAGCAGAAAUCACUAAAAAAACAAAACUCGAUCAGUUGACAGUAAAAAGACGUUGUCGCAAUGUUUGGAUAUGACUUUAAACCAUAACCAAGCAUGCAUUCCUAUAACCUUUGUCUCAAAGUAGAUGUACUGUCUCCACCUGUCACAUCACGCCGUAUGAAUUUUUUGCUGUUAUCCUGUGUGGAGUGUUUUAGUUCUUGUCUUGCGCUCCUAUUUUGGUGGUUUUUCCUCUUUUUUUUGAUAUUUUCCUGUGGCAGUUUCUUGUCUUCCUUUGAGCGAUAUUUCCUGCAUCUACUUUGUUUUAGCAAUCAAGAAUAUUGAAGUUUUUAUCCUUCAUUGUGGGGACAUUGUUGAUUGUCAUGAUCGAACAUACAUUCUGUACGACGUCUUUGCUCCACAGUAAGUCUUUGCUGUCGUCCAGAAAUUUUAGUUUCGUUCUGGUUAGCCUUCCCUAAGCGUCAAUGAUUUUUCUUACGGGCACUCACCUUUUGUUUUUUUUUGGUUUAAGCAUUAGACAUAUGUUUACCUGCACCAUCCCUCCCGCUGUUUUCCGACAUCUACAAAGCAAUUAGCUACCGGCUGCCACCUACUGAGAUGGAUGAGUAUUAUACGGUUACUCGCUGCUGUGUUGGAUCCGCUUUGGACUGGACUCUCGCAGCUGUGUUGGAUCCACUAUGGAUUGAACUUUCACAGUAUCAUGUUAGACCCACUCGACAUCCAUUGCCCACAUAUGCGGUCCUCUCCAAGGUUUCUCAUAGUCAUCAUUGUCACCGACGUCCCACUGGGUGUGAGUUUUCCUUGCCCUUAUGUGGGCCCUACCGAGGAUGUCGUAGUGGUUUGUGUUGUGUUUUUGUGCAGCCCUUUGAGACACUAGUGAUUUAGGGCUAUAUAAAUAAUCAUUGAUUGAUUGAUACUCUGCCGAGCUUGAGACAGCAACAACCAACCACUCAACAACACAUCAUUUGCAGACUAUAAUUACGGGUUUGCAAAAAAUAUUUUUUACCCCAAAUAGGUGAAAUUACAUAAUCUCCCACAGCACACCAGACUGUAUCUCACGGCACACUGGUGUGCCGCGGCACAGUGGUUGAAAAACACUGGCCUACGCAAUGAUGGAUGAUUUCUGAUUUGACAAUGAACGAUUAUUAAUUAUCAGUGUCUUUUUUUGAUAGAUUGAUUGAUAGAUUUAUUAGUAGAUUGCACAGUUCAGUACAUAUUCCGUACAAUUGACCACUAAAUGGUAACACCCUUGCGAUGAGGUGGCGACUUGUCCUGGGUGUAGCCCGCCUUCCGCCCGAUUGUGGCUGAGAUAGGCGCCAGUGGCCCCAAAGGGAAUAAGCGGUCGAAAAUGGAUGCCCACUAAAUGGUAACACCCCUGCGAUAAGGUGGCGACUUGUCCAUGGUGUAGCCCGCCUUCCGCCCAAUUGUGGCUGAGAUCGUUGCCACAAUUGGAUGGAUGGAACUUGUUAAGUCGGGACUCGGGGUCCACGUUAAUCAAUUCAUGUCGCUAUUCCUGAGAGUUUGCAUGCUUUAAAUACGUGUCAUGAAUUAAUAACUUAAUAAAUAAGUUAAUGAUGCAGAGUUAUGUCAUAUUAUUGGGAAAUGCAUGAUUGUAAAAUCCGAGCAAACUAUUGUGUUGAUUGUGUUGCAAAGCGGAACGAUUGUUGAGACGUUGCGACCCCACGGACAGUAAACAAGGCAGCACAUGCAAGGGGGGGAGGGUGCUUGAGCACAUUGUCUUCAGCUCCUCCAAAGCUUGAAGAUUAUUCGAUGAUUUUUACGUAAAACUUCACGCAAGUGAUUGUCAGAACCUCUUUUCGUUACGAGCAGCCAACGAGUCAGUUCUCACGGCGUGGAUGUGAACACAGCAAGGAGGAGUCGUCAAUAAACGCCAGUUUGUACAAAAACGAACUUCCCCGUGUUGCCGUGUAUCGAAAGGAGCUACAUCCAUCCAUCCACUUCCUACCGCUUAUUACCUCUUGGGGUCGCAGGGGGCGCUGGCGCCUAUCUCAGCUACAAUCGGGCAGAAGGCGCGGUACACCCUGGACAAGUCGCCACCUCAUCGCAGGGCCAACACAGAUAGACAACAUUCACACUCACAUUACAAUCAGUAUUAUAUCUUCUGGUUGCCUCUCAAAAGUACUGGUUCAGUCUUCCCCUCGGUGUCUUGGCUGAAAGAGCGUGCAUCCAUGCAGACUGGACGCUGGCAGAGGAUGGGAGGGUGGCAGGGAGUUCGUGGACGGCCGAGGGCGGAGGCGGCUCUCAUGUUUGCUUUGAUGGGUCUGCUCCUCUCUCUGACUUUCCGCCCCCCUUUCAACAUGGGGUGGAACUUGGAAGAUACCACCAUGGUGUACGUUGGUGUUGAAAUUUUGUGUGUGUUCGGUUGCUUGAUAAUGCAUUUUGUGAUCAUUUAUGCGCAACAUUUAAUGGAUGAUGCAUUGUCUAUAUGUGGUUUCCUUUUUUGUGAGUGUGUAGGACAGCUGGUUGGAGCAGCUCUGUUCUUUUAAAGGCCUACUGAAACCCAUUACUACCCACCAUGCAGUCUGAUAGUUUAUAUAUCAAUGAUGAAAUAUUAACAUUGCAACACAUGCCAAUACGGCCGGUUUAGUUGACUAAAUUGCAACUUUUAAUUUCCAGCGGAGUUUCUUGUUAAAAACGUUGCGGAAAGAUGACGCGUGCGCGGAUUGUCAGGAAAUAUUAACUCAGCACCAGUUACGACUAAAAGUCGUCUCUUUUCAUUGCAUAAUUACACAGUGAUUUGGACAUCUGUGUUGCUGAAUCUUUUGCAAUUUGUUCAAUUAAUAAUGGAGACUAUAAAGAAAAAUGCUGUGGGUGGAAAGCGGUGUAUUGCAGCUGUCUUUAGCACCGAGACACAGCCGGUGUUUCUUUGUUUUUAACACAGAGCGGCCAAGCGAACAUGUUUGUCUACGUCAACCAGUGUGUUUUUGGAUGGGAAAAUUGUGGUAUAUAUCUUACCGGAGACAUCAUUGGAUUAUUCGUCCUCCUGCAGUAGUUGUUUAAAAGGCAGCUGUGAGCUUGGCUCCUCUGUUUUUCUCUGAGACACUGCGUGUUCACCGCAGCCAUCCGACCUCGAGGUGUGUCUUUACAAUCUCACUAAAACACUAUUAAAACAAUAAGCAGAUAAGGGAUCUUCCAGAAUUAUCCUAGUACAUUCGAAACGUUCACACUGCCGCCGCCCGUAGCCGUCGGUUUUUAUUUUAUUUUUUUAUUUUUCUAGUCCUUCACUAUCAAUAUCAUCAUCCACAAAUCUUUCAUCCUCGCUCAAAUUAAUAGGGAAAUUGUCGUUUUCUCGGUCCGAAUAGCUCUUGCUGCUGGAGGCUCCCAUUAUAAACAAUGUGAGGACGUGAGGAGCCCUCACCCUUGUGACGUCAUCGUCUGCGACUUCCGGUAAAGGCGAGGCUUUUUUCUCAGCACCAAAAGUUGGUGCUUUAUCGUCGAUGUUCUCUACUAAAUCCUUUCAGCAAAAAUAUGGCAAAAUCACGAAAUUAUCAAGUAUGACACAUAGAAUGGACCUGCUAUCCCCGUUUGAAUAAGAAAAUCUCAUUUCAGUAGGCCUUUAAUGUCUUAAUGUCCUCUGUGUUCUUGGAUAUAUCUUUUUUGUAUUAUCAUUUUCCUCUUACACAUGUUUGUGUGCUAUGGCUAUGAGUUUUUUAUCCCCUUAGCUUUAAUCUAAAUCCCCUCUCCAUGGGCCCAGGCUUAGAUUGAAUAUUUUUUCUUUUUCACCCCAGCGUUUACCUAUUUCUCACCUUUUUUCGUAAGGGGCGCCAUAAAUUGGCAGACCCGUUGGCGCUCCUUUUCAGUCUCCCUGUAAUGUUUGUCUGCUCUUGAAUGGGAUUGUACUGAAAAUCUUAAUUUCCCAUCGGGGAUUAAUAAAGUAUUUCUGAUUCUGA